AUGGAGCUGGGGGUCAGCACCUGCUCCUGGCCCGGUUCCCAGGCAGGUAUGGACCUCAGCAGUGCUCAGGACCAGCCAGUGGCUGCAGAGGGCCAUGAGGUUCUGACUGAUGGUGACCUGACCCAAUCCCAAGAAAUGGAGAGUAUGGAUCAUGGGGAAGAUGUGAAGGAACACAAUCUGUCUAAGGAGGAAGCAGGAGAUGAAGUGGUUCAAGUGAAAGGUGAAUACAGUGAGAGGGAGGAGAGUGCUUUAAAUUCAGAGCCUGUGGAGACUCCAGAAGAAGCUGAGAUGCCUUUCAGCUACCCCAGGGAAUACCCUGACUAUGAAAGCAUUAAACUGGAGAGACAUCCUGGCUCCUAUGACAGCAUCAGGCCAGCCAGUGGGAAAAUGAAUUGUGACAUCUGUGGGCUGGCCUGCAUCAGCCUCAAUGUCUUGAUGGUCCACAAACGGAGCCACACUGGUGAGCGUCCCUUCCAGUGCACGCAGUGCGGAGCUUCCUUCACCCAGAAGGGAAACCUCCUGCGCCACAUUAAGCUCCACACGGGGGAGAAGCCUUUCAAGUGCCACCUCUGCAGCUAUGCCUGCCAGAGGAGGGAUGCCCUGACAGGCCACUUAAGGACACACUCUGUGGAGAAGCCUUACAAGUGUGAGUUCUGUGGAAGGAGCUACAAGCAGAGGAGCUCCCUGGAGGAGCACAAGGAGCGGUGCCGCACGUACCUGCAGAGCGCUGGCGUGGCUGAGCCUGCCAGCAUGGAGGCAAGGCACAGCAAGGCAGAGAUGGGGACUGAAAGAGCCCUGGUGCUGGACAGGCUGGCAAGCAACGUGGCAAAGAGAAAAAGCUCAAUGCCUCAGAAAUUCAUUGGCGAGAAGCAGCAGGGCUUGGACCCUGGCUACGGCUGCCCCGCGCCGUACGAGAGGGAGGGCACAGCCGCGCGGGGCGGUGCCAUGGACCAGGUCAUCACUAACGCCAUCACCUACCUGGGGGCCGAAGCCCUGCGCCCCCUGCUGCGGACCCCCCCGGCCCCCAGCGCCGAGGCGGUGCCAGUCAUCAGCAGCCUCUACCCCCUGGCGCUCGCCCGCGCCCAGGUGCCCAACGGCGGCUCGCACCCCGGGGACAGGAGCCUGGCCUCGGACAGAGGUCUCUCCCCCAGCCACAGCGGCCAGGACUCCACGGACACGGACAGCAACCACGAGGAGAGGCAGAGCCUCCCCUGCCCCCAGAGCCAGGCGGCCCCCGGCCAGCCCCGCAACGGCCUCCAAGCCCUGGGGGAUUUCCCCAGGCCCCCUCACGACCUCCUCAGACCCUCCGCCCUCUGCCCCCGCGACGCCCUGAGGGUGGUGAACGAGGAAGGGGAGGCGCUGGGGGUCUACAGGUGCGACCACUGCCGCGUCCUCUUCCUGGACUACGUGAUGUUCACCAUCCACAUGGGCUGCCACGGCUUCCACCACCCCUUCCAGUGCAACGUCUGCGGCUACCGCGGCCACGACCGCUACGACUUCUCCUCACACAUCGCCCGCGGCGAGCACAGCCUCGUCCUCAAGUGA